AUGGAACCGGAGCCGACCCUUGCCUCUCUCUUUGAGGCUAUCAAAACCCUCACCAGCCAAGUUGGGUCCUUGCAGGCCCAAAUCCACUCUCAAGGCCAACAGCUCUCUGAGCUCAAAGCCAUAUGCAAGGAGACCAACAACCUUGUUGGCAACAAGGACCAGGGCGGAGCCCAAGCCAAGCCUGGCCCAUCGACUGGGCCUGUUACCCCUCCUACCCACUCAGGGGGGAAGCACACACUCCAGGCACGGUUAGGCCUGGGCUCAAGGCCCCUUUCAGGCCAUCAAGAGGAACAGGGUUCGAUUCAGAGGAAGAAGAGGAGCCCAGACGCCCCAAAAAAGAGCCUUGCAGCACGCCUAGGAGCCUCAGCUCCCUUACCCCCUUUGACACGGGGUCCAGCGGGCCAAAAAGCCACCCAAUGGCUGGAUAGGAUGAUGCUCUGGGUAGCCCUCCAUCGUGAUCAAUUUGACGAGGAGGAACAGAUGGUUGUGUGGAUCCUAUACCACAUGACAGACAAAGCUGCCGACUGGGCACUCCCCAUCAUUGGGACAAUCAUCAAGGGCAAGGGAAAUCCCCCUACCACCAUAACGGCCUUAACCGCCAAAUUUAAGGAAGCCUUUGCAGAUCCCGAUGCCAAGAGGGCUGCCGCCAGAAAGAUUGCCGCGCUAACUCAGACCACAACCACGGCUGAGUAUGUCACCAAAUUCCGCAAUCUCAUGGCGGAACUUGAUUGGAACAAGGAGGCCUAUAUUGCCCAAUUCACGCGCGGCCUUCACUGGAAGGUCAAGGAACUGCUGUCUACCAAGGAUAGCAUCCCGGACAACCUUGAAGCCAUCUUUGCAGCGGCCAUUAAAAUUGACAAUAUCCGCCGCAAAAAUGAGGAGAAUCGCCCUAAAAAGGCACCAGCCAAGUCCCCGGCCACCGUGGCCACCUCCACUACCACCACCAGGGUCCGCCUAUCCGAGGACCCCAAUUAUGUCACUCCGGAGGAACGGGAUUGUUGCCGCGCAUCAGGACUUUGCGUCAAGUGCGGUCAAAAGGGCCACGGGAUCAAACAGUGCCCCAACGGCUGGAAAGCCACGAUUAAGGAGGUUGCCAAGGUGGCAGAAGAAGAGGAUAGAAUCAAAUUUGUAAAUCUAGGACUAGAUUCAAAUAAAAAACCACUGCUCUUCAUCGAUCUAUAUGUCCAGAACUUCCCGGCAGAACCUUUGAAAACACUAAUAGACUCAGGAGCCACGUUGAACUUCAUUUCCCCCUUGAUUGUGGAAAAAUACAAAAUCCCAAAAACCCAACUCAAAAAUCCACGAGUUGUGAGAAUGUUAGAUGGUACCAUUUCCCAGACUGGUUGCAUUUGGCACCAGGUCCACAUCACAGUUUCAGCCAAUGGUCACACCCACUCCAUACCUUUUCUUGUUUGCCCCAUUGGCAACACCCCGGCAAUCCUUGGCAUGACUUGGUUAACGGCAGAAGCUCCCCUUAUUGACUGGCAGCAGGGACUAAUCACCUUCCCUGAACAAGCACAGAUUGCCUCCAAGGAAGAAGCGGACCCAGAUCCUUUAGCAGACCUUCCCCCUCAGUACCAUGAGUUUGCUAAAGUAUUUGGCAAAGAAGAAUUUAAGGUCCUACCCCCUCACAGGGAAUACAAUAUUGCAAUAGACCUUGUUCCUGAUGCCAAACUUUCCCCAGGGCCAAUUUACGGAAUGACCGACGCAGAAUCAAGAGCGCUGAAGCAGCACAUUGAUGAAGAACUGGCCACGGGCAAAAUCCGUCCUAGUACCUCCUCUGCCGGUGCUCCAGUAAUGUUUGUCAAAAAGGCCAACGGUUCCCUCAGGCUGGUUGUUGAUUACAGGAAGUUGAAUGACGUUACCCAUAAGAACGUAUAUCCCUUACCAAGGCAGGACGACCUCAUGGCUAAACUUAGGCAUGCCAAGGUCUUCACGAAAUUGGACUUACGCUGGGGAUAUAAUAACGUUCAGAUCAAAGAAGGUGACGAAUGGAAGACAGCUUUUAGGACUAAAUACGGCCUAUUCAAGUACCUAGUGAUGCCCUUUGGUCUUACCAAUGCCCCCGCAGCGUUCCAACACUUCAUGAACGAUCUGUUUAGGGACCUCAUCAACGUCACUGUGGUUAUCUACUUGGAUGACAUCCUGAUCUUCUUGGAAGACCCCAAGGACCACCCAACCCAUGUCAGGGAGGUCCUAUCACGGCUAUUGAGGAAUCAGCUGUUCUGUAAACUCUCUAAGUGCCACUUCCAUGUUACAACAGUAGAUUACCUUGGCAUCAUCAUUUCCCCAGCUGGGUUCUCAAUGGACCAAAAGAAGAUCGAGGCCGUCACUUCCUGGCCCACGCCCAAAACUGUUAAACAGGUCCAAGCCUUCCUAGGGUUUGUCAACUACCUUAGGCGCUUCAUUCCCAAUUUCAGCUUGGUUGCCCGUCCCCUCCACAACCUCACAAAAAAGGAAACCCCAUGGUUGUGGGAAAUCCAAGAAGAGGAAGCGUUUCAGGAGUUGAAAUCUCUGGUUACUAAGUCCCCGGUCCUUAUCCACUCCAAACCUGACCAACCGUAUUACCUGGAAACCGAUGCGUCAGGAGUAGCUAUGGGAGCCAUCCUAAGCCAACAAGGGGAGGAUAACCGCCUUCACCCAAUUGCUUACAUGUCCAAGUCCUUCUCCGGUGCAGAAGCUAAUUAUGACACCCACAAUAAGGAGCUCCUGGCUAUUAUUAAGGCACUGGAGGAAUGGAGGAUAUUCCUGGAGGCAACGGAUAAACCAGUACAGGUGUUCACAGACCAUCGGAACUUAGAAUACUGGAUGCAGGCAAGGACAUUCAACCGGCAACACGCAAGAUGGCGCAUAUUCCUGAGCGACUUCAAUUUCAAAAUCCACUACCAACCAGGGAAACAGUUGGGAAAGCCAGACGCAUUGUCCAGACAAGCAGACUAUGUUGACAACCCCUCGGAACCAGAAGUCAUGCUCCCAGCAGAAGUCUUUGCAAACACAUCUCAGGAAGAACUGGAGAUUGUCACAGAAGUACGCGCCAAACUAAGGGAAGAUCCCUCCCUGGACCCCAUCAUCCAGUUCCUGACCAAGGAUGCUGACAAGGCUCCCCCAUCAAUAAGGAAGGCGUACAAAGAUUACGACUGGGAAGAGGACCUCCUCUGGUACCGGGGAAAAUUGGUAAUUCCAGACAAUGAACCCCUGAAGGACAAACUCCUCAGAGAAUUCCACGACUCCCCCCUAGCAGGACAUCCAGGUCAGCAAAGAACCCUUGAACUCCUAAGUCGUAACUACUGGUGGCCUGGCAUGAAGUCUACCACCAAGGAAUGGGUAGAAUGUUGUCCUAUCUGCCAAGCCAACCGACGCGCUCAUGCCCCUGUCAUUGCCCUUAAACCCCUAGAAGUCCCCCCUUAUCCGUUCCACACCAUCUCUUAUGACUUCAUUACAGGGUUUCUGUCCUGGACGUCUUUUCCCAAGUCCCAAGGUCACGACGCUAUACUGGUGGUAAUAGACUCCUUUUCCAAAUUUGGCCAUUUCAUUCCCACUUCCAAGAAGGUCACAGCAAGGGGUCUGGCGGAUCUAUUCAUUACCCACGUCUGGAAACUCCAUGGGCUACCUGUCAAAACAGUCUUGGAUAGAGGAACUACCUUCACGGGGAAAUUCCUAAGGGCACUUUACCAGCAACUUGGAGUGAAACCAGCAUUCUCUUUGGCUUAUCACCCAGAGUCAGAUGGGCAAACAGAAAGAGUCAACCAGUUCAUCGAAUUUUACCUACGCUCCUACGUAGCAGCCAAUCAUUCUGAUUGGGCAGCUUGGUUACCUUUGGCAGAAUAUGCGUACAAUAAUGCCAAACACGCAGCAACAGGAAAAACACCCUUUGAACUGGUCUACGGACGAAGCCCAGUGAUGAACCCUUCCAACAUCCCAGCCAACAUACCAGAGGCAGAUGAUGUAGCAGACACACUAGCCCGGGAAUGGAAGGAAGCCAAGUCAGCCCUCAGAUUAAGCAAAGAACGGAUGACCAGGAACCAAGGAACAGUACCGGAGUACUCGAUAGGAGAGAAAGUCUGGCUGGAUGGAAAAAACGUAGAACUCAGGACCAAUUCAAACAAGUUGGACCCCAAACGUCUUGGUCCCUUCAAGAUCCUUGAGAAAAUCUCCAGCCACGCCUACCGCCUAGAACUCCCAGAAACUCUAAAAAUCCAUGACGUCUUCUAUGUUGGGUUGCUAUCGAAGAGCCACAAGUCACCAAGUCAACCAUUUCCGGAACAACCUCCCCCUGAAACAAUAGAAGGAGAGGAGGAGUAUGAAGUUGAACAGAUCAUUGACUCAAAACAUCAACGGGGAAAGUGGUUCUACCUGAUAAAAUGGAAAGGUUACGGUCCAGAAGACAAUUCAUGGGAACCCAAGGAAGUCCUGGAGCAUAGUCAAGAGGAGAUCCAACGCUUCAACAAGUCACGCCUGAAAAAGGCUUGUGACUCCGCCAAGAGCCUUUAA